AAAGCGAAAAUAGAAUUGUGUGGAAAUCUCUCUCUCUCUCUUUAGGGGUGGAGCGUCUCAUUUCGCUUCAUUUCUCAUGUCUUUCUUCUGGAGUCGUCAUCACAUCAGUCUGACAAACGCAGAAGUUGUGCAUAACGCUUUUUUAUCGGUGGAUAAAGUCGCGUCUCACACGCGCACGCGGCUCUCCGUUCCGUUCUUCGCCCAGCGCGUCUAAAAACAUUUAAAAAAACACUUGGAAAAAUCCCCCUUUUUUCUUUUUUGGGAAUCGCUUCAUGUCUGUUGUCCAAGAGAAAACGUGUCGAGACAGACAUCGUCCUUCAAGAGCAAGAGAGAAGCUCUGAGGAACUUCACGUCAAGUUAGUGCAACCUUAAUGCGUUUUAUUUCGUUUUAAUCGUUGAGUUUAGCGUGUUUGGAGGAACGCUCACCGCUGACGUCACGACUGUGGCCCCGCCCCCUCAUCGCUCAUCCCACAAUUAUACGUUCUGAACUUCUAUCUGCAUCCCAACUGGUUCCAGACCGGUAACCAUGGCGACCCGAGGCCACGCCUCCAGCUCGUUAAUGAGCAACCACACCAAAGAGCGAGUGACCAUGGCUAAGGUCACCCUGGAGAACUUCUACAGCAACCUCAUAACACAACACGAGGAGAGGGAAAUGAGACAGCAAAAACUGGAAAAGGUGAUGGAUGAGGAAGGACUGCCUGAUGAAGAGAAGCGCAUGCGCCGCUCCCAACACGCUCGUAAGGAGACCGAGUUCCUGCGGCUGAAGAGAACCAGACUGGGUCUGGACGACUUCGAGUCGCUGAAGGUGAUUGGACGAGGAGCGUUUGGGGAGGUGCGUCUGGUUCAGAAGAAAGACACAGGACAUGUUUACGCCAUGAAGAUUCUUCGCAAAGCUGACAUGCUGCAGAAAGAGCAGGUGGGUCAUAUCCGAGCGGAGCGGGACAUCUUGGUUCAGGCAGACAGUCUGUGGGUGGUGAAAAUGUUCUACAGUUUUCAGGACAAACUCAAUCUUUACUUACUCAUGGAGUUCCUGCCCGGAGGAGACAUGAUGACGCUUCUGAUGAAGAAGGACACGCUGACGGAGGAGGAGACGCAGUUUUACAUAGCUGAGACGGUUCUGGCCAUCGACUUCAUCCAUCAGCUGGGCUUCAUUCACCGAGACAUCAAACCAGACAACCUGCUGCUGGACUCCAAGGGUCACGUCAAGCUGUCUGAUUUCGGCUUGUGUACGGGACUCAAAAAGGCACAUCGGACCGAGUUUUACCGCAACCUGAAGCACAGCCAAUCAAACGACCUCACGUUUCAGCACAUGAACUCCAAGAGGAAGGCCGAGACGUGGAAGAGAAACCGGAGGCAGCUGGCCUUCUCCACGGUGGGAACGCCGGACUACAUCGCGCCAGAGGUCUUCAUGCAGACCGGAUACAACAAGCUCUGCGAUUGGUGGAGUCUGGGCGUCAUCAUGUACGAGAUGCUGAUUGGUAAGAAGAGAAAUGUAUCAAUUCUCGUUCAGAAUCAAUUUAAAAUAUCAUAUAAAAAAAGUCAGUAUUUCAGUGUUAAAAAAAACUGAAAUGAUUCCAAACUCUCAAUCAGCCAAUUAGAAAAGAGUCAGAGACAGGCGUCGUUGUGAUUGGCUCUGCAGGUUAGCAGAAGCUAGGUUGGUAACAUUGGCUAACAUUAGCUAGCUAAUAAGCAUUAGCUGCUGUGUGACGUUGUAGAAUGUAAUAUUUGAUAUCUUCCAUUGCAUUUGUUAUUUGUAGUGCGCCAGCCACCCAAUAGCAAUAAGAUUUGUGUAUUUGAAAG